AUGCAGCAACAACUUUCUGAGUUGACGAGCUUUGUUCACAAGAUGGCCGUGGAAAAAUCUAGCUCGAGUGUCCAAGUUAAAGCGUGUGGAAUAUGCACAAGUGCAGGCCACCCUACGGAUGCAUGCCCGACCCUUCAAGAAGGCUAUGCAGUUGAUGUAAACGCUGCAAACUAUGGUGUGAAUGGACCUCAAGUGUACAACCCGUACUCCAACACCUACAAUCCAGGCUGGAGAGAUCAUCCGAACCUACGUUAUGGAAACGCACAGCAGAGUAAUGAUCCUCAACCAUUCGGAGCUAUGCAGAAGAUACAACAACCUCGUUUCUAUGAGAAACAACCGCGCCAAGCACCCACAAGCAACUCCAGUCCAUCUUUGGAAGACUUGGUAAAGUCUAUGGCUACCACUACCCUGCAUUUCCAACAAGAGAUGAAAAAGUUCCAACAAGAGAUGAGAUCCACAGUUGACAAAUUACAAGGUCAGAUCAAUCAAGUGUCAGAGGAGGUAAGACAACUAUGCGAAAGAGAAAAGUGGCCAGCUCAGUCUAAGCCAAAUUCAACAAAUGUCAGUGCCAUCACUAUCUGCAGUGAUACGAUAGUUGAAUGUCCUUCCCAACCUAAUCCAAACAAUACGAGUGCUAUAACACUCCGUAGUGGGAAGCAAUUGGACGGUCCAACUCCCAUCUCAAAGGAGCAAAGCGAAGAGGAAAUUGAAAAUGAGAUUGAAAAGGAGGCUGAGAUCCACGAAAAGGUACAUCCUAAUUUUGUUCUUCCUACUGAAACUAAAUCGGCUCCUUUCCCUGACAGGUUGAAGAAACCACAAAAGGCAAAUAAGCGAAAAAAGAUGAUGGAGAUAUUCAAGAAAAUGAAACUUAAUAUCCCGCUCCUGGAAGCUAUUAACCAAAUUCCCAAGUAUGCAAAAUUUUUGAAAGAACUGUGCACCAACAAGAGAAAAUUGCGAGGGGAUGAGUACAUUAUAGCGGGUGAGAACGUUUCUGCUAUUCUCAAAAUAAAGGUACCACCUAAAACAGGUGAUCCAGGAAACAGAUGA